GUCACGUUGUCCUCUCAUCAUGGCAGCGGGCGAAAGGAGUUGUGCGAGAUCACAUCCCCUGAUGGCAGCAUCCACUCGAAGAACAAGAUCGUGAAGCCAGACGGGACCGUGCAAUACUUCAAGAAGGUCACAGAUGAGAAGGCAAAGGCUAAGCCGACUUGCCCUCCGGCCGAGCCAACUUGCUCUCCUCAUCAAUCACCUCCUCUUGCUGAUGAGCCGACUUGCCCUUCGGAUUCUUUGUUGCCUUCGCAGCACCCUGUGGCUCAUGGACCACAGCCUCCGGCAGAUGGACCGCAACAGCCUCCGGCUGAUGAAAGGGUGUUGACUUCGGAAAAUCUGCUGGCAGAGAUUGGUGCCUUGACCGAGGAAGCUUCACAAGUUCGCCUAGUCGUUGACUUCGUACAUCACUUCCUCAUCAGACGCGUGUAUGAGAAGUUGAAAGACUUGAGGCAACAAGUCAGCGAGAUCAGUGAGCAAGCCUGUGAGUUCGGUGAGCAGCCGGGCCAUCGAAUUUGCCAGGAGCUUCAGCAGCGCAUGCCAUUGUUGACAGACUUGUACCCUGCCAUUGCUGUGACACUUGCUCCUGCUGCAAUGGAAAACUUCGCAGUUGUGGCGACAGACCGCUGCGGCUACGAAGUUUCUUUCUACCCGAGUGCUGAGGAUGCUUUGUGGCGCAAGCUUCGCUUGUCUUCCCGCGAGAUCCUCAAGUUCUUCCAGUAUCAGCUCCACGUCACUGUGGAUCAUCCUGAUACCCGUGUGCCUUCUUUCCAGUUCUACAUGCCUGCGGAUAAGAAGAUUGCGGAAAACGUCCGGAGCUUGCUGAAGAGGAACUUCACCAGGAAGGUUGCCGACAAGACUUUCUUCUAUUACCCGGAUGCCAGUCUUUUGACUCUUGUUUGCUGGGCUAGCACAAAGUUAAAGCAAGAUCGAUUUCAGCUGUUCUCCUACGGAUGUGAGCGCUUGCCGGAACGUGACAUUCGUCAUCUUGACAUUGGUGUCUCGCCGCUCUCUGAUGUUUGGAUUACCAGCUACAGUCUGCCAAUGACUGCCUCGAUCACGGGCACGGUGGAAAUGAAGCAGGUUGAUCGCGUCCUGCUUUGCAAGAUGUUGGUUUCGCAAGAUGCUUCGGAUGUGGACAGGGCCAUCCUCGUUUGGGAGGAGGAGAUGAAGUAUGCAGAGAUGAGGUUGCGCGAAUACGGAGAAGCCGCCAUGCAAGAAGAACAGAGCCAAGUUUUGAUAGCAAAUGUUGCAUUGAGUCUUGGGAAAUUGCCUACCAAAUUUUGUCGAACCAUUGCAGAACUGCUACCAAAGAUGUCAGAGGGUGCGAAACCAUUUAGUGUCCGAGCAGCUGCAUGCUUGAUGCGCCUUCCCGCUGAGACAAUCAGGGAGGUGCUGCGGAAAGUCAGAGGUGCAGGUUGGAACCCUAUCAAGCCUUCAGACAGAGACGUGUGUGGCAACCAAAAGGAUUUGGAGACUAUGCCAAGCAAUUGUGUGCCCCAAGCACUCCAGCCCCGGAAAUCAAGCUCUGAUGUCAUGCGCGCAUUAGUGCGAGAGGCGCUGUAUACAGCAUCAUAUGGCCUUCCUCAGCGGACAUUCACUGAUUCCCUUUGCCGACUAGCUCUGAACGGCUGCGACACUGGAGACAAAUAUGGUUCGCGUGAUUUCCUGGAAACAGUGGAAACAUUGUCUUCAAAGUUGAUUGAGCUCCAAGAGUCUGAGGCCAUCCUGUUGCGUAUGCCUGCGCUUGGUGUUCCUAGUCCCAUGAGCAUUGUCUUCGAUGGAGCAACCUUGGGAGGUGGCCUAUUUUCUAAGCAUGAAACAUUUGAAGUUGUCAUUGCCAACUUUGUGGGUGGAACUGGGAGUUUGGAAAACCAACUCAUUGGAACCCCUUCGCCGGGCUUGGCUACUGAUGGCCACGGGCUGGCGGCAACAGUGCUCAGAUCCUUGGAGCCGCACGAAGCAGUGUUGAACCUUGAUGCUUUGCGAUGCCGCUUGUUGUCGCUUGUGGGUGGAGAUGGUGCAGUGAUUGGUGGUGGCCCAUCUGCCCGGCACUCUAGUAGCAAAGCGGGUGAGAAGCUGUAUGCUACUGUCCAUCCUGACAGUGCUGCGAUGGUUGAGUGGGACCAGUUUCAUCGUCUCAAUAGUGCGUGGGGCAAUGCAGUGUCUCAAAGCAGCACGGCCCAAGAGCUGCUGGCUGUAGCAAAAGCUAUGUCCCAACAUUUUGGGCAUGGCCAUGGCAAGAUAAUUUACAGAAGUGUGGCAGAGGAGCUGGGCGAGAAGGUCCUUCAGGUGGACAGUGUCGGUGGAACACGUCCUUUGGUGACAGCUUGCCGUGCAAGCGCCAACCUGCUCCGUUUUGAAUUACUCAUUCCUGGCUUGCAGAAGGAUGACGGCCAUUUGCAGAUGCUACGGAGAUUGGUCUUUGUGGUAAACCUCCUGCAGCAUUACCGUCCGAAGAAAGAU